CCGGGGCUGCUGGCGGCCACGCAACUUCCGCUCCUGAGCUCCCGCUCCCAGCUCGCGCCGCCUGCGAUCGGCUGGCACCGGCUGAGGGGAGGGGAGGCCGCCCAGCUGCCGUCUGCCUCACAGCCCCGCUCCCCGGGCCGGCCGGCCGGACCCGGCGCCGCGGGGACGCAGGGGGCAGCGCCCGGCCCUGAGGGGAGAGGCAGGAUCCUGAUCCCGCAGCCUGAGAACGGCCGCCCCCAGCUCCAUGAAUGGAAAUCGGCAGCGCAGGACCCGUCGGGGCACAGCCCCUUCUUAUGGUGCCCAGACGUCCCGGCUAUGGCACCAUGGGCAAACCUAUUAAAUUGCUGGCCAACUGCUUCCAAGUUGAAAUCCCAAAGAUUGAUGUCUACCUCUAUGAGGUGGAUAUUAAACCAGAUAAGUGUCCUCGCAGGGUGAACAGGGAGGUGGUGGACUCCAUGGUGCAGCAUUUUAAAGUGACAAUAUUUGGGGACCGUAGACCAGUUUAUGAUGGGAAGAGAAGCCUUUAUACAGCCAAUCCACUCCCUGUAGCAACCACUGGGGUAGAUUUGGAUGUAACAUUACCAGGAGAAGGUGGAAAAGAUCGUCCCUUCAAGGUGUCAAUAAAGUUUGUUUCUCGGGUGAGCUGGCACUUGCUGCAUGAAGUUUUGACAGGAAGAACCUUGCCUGAGCCUCUGGAACUAGACAAACCAAUCAGCACUAACCCUGUUCAUGCUGUCGAUGUGGUGCUACGACACCUACCCUCCAUGAAGUAUACCCCUGUGGGCCGCUCCUUUUUCUCAGCUCCAGAGGGCUAUGAUCACCCUUUGGGAGGGGGCAGGGAAGUAUGGUUUGGAUUCCAUCAGUCUGUUCGGCCUGCCAUGUGGAAAAUGAUGCUUAAUAUUGAUGUUUCUGCCACUGCCUUCUACAAAGCACAACCUGUAAUUCAGUUCAUGUGUGAAGUUCUCGACAUUCAUAACAUUGAUGAACAACCGAGACCUCUGACUGAUUCUCAUCGGGUAAAAUUCACCAAAGAGAUAAAGGAAUGCAGCAUGUCUAACUGUACAGUGAGCAGCUGUCACUCUACUUCACCAACACAUCUCAGUCAUUGUAAUAGAAAUAGCCACUGUAAGAAAACACUGCAAGGUCUGAAGGUUGAAGUGACUCACUGUGGAACAAUGAGACGGAAAUACCGUGUUUGUAAUGUAACAAGGAGACCUGCCAGUCAUCAAACCUUCCCUUUACAGUUAGAAAACGGCCAGACAGUUGAGAGAACAGUAGCACAGUACUUCAGAGAGAAGUAUAACCUCCAGCUGAAAUAUCCUCAUCUUCCUUGUCUACAAGUGGGACAGGAGCAGAAACAUACCUACCUGCCUCUAGAAGUAUGUAACAUUGUGGCAGGCCAGCGAUGUAUCAAGAAGCUAACAGACAAUCAGACAUCAACUAUGAUAAAAGCAACAGCAAGAUCUGCCCCAGAUAGACAAGAGGAAAUUAGCAGAUUGGUAAGAAGUGCAAAUUAUGAUGCGGAUCCAUUUGUUCAAGAGUUUCAGUUUAAAGUUCGUGAUGAGAUGGCCCAUGUGACGGGGCGUGUGCUUCCAGCUCCAAUGUUGCAGUAUGGAGGACGGAAUCGAACAGUGGCAACCCCAAGCCAUGGCGUAUGGGAUAUGCGAGGGAAACAGUUUCACACUGGUGUUGAGAUCAAAAUGUGGGCCAUAGCUUGCUUUGCAACGCAGAGACAAUGCAGAGAAGAAAUACUGAAGGGUUUUACAGAUCAGCUGCGCAAGAUUUCGAAGGAUGCAGGGAUGCCCAUCCAAGGCCAGCCAUGUUUUUGCAAAUAUGCACAGGGUGCAGACAGCGUGGAGCCGAUGUUCCGACACCUUAAAAACACCUAUUCAGGACUCCAGCUCAUCAUUGUCAUCCUGCCAGGGAAAACACCUGUGUAUGCGGAGGUGAAACGUGUGGGAGAUACGCUGUUGGGGAUGGCCACGCAGUGCGUUCAAGUCAAGAAUGUCAUAAAAACAUCUCCUCAGACUCUCUCAAACCUGUGCCUAAAGAUUAAUGUUAAAUUAGGAGGAAUCAACAACAUUCUUGUACCUCAUCAACGACCUUCUGUGUUCCAACAACCAGUGAUCUUCUUGGGAGCAGAUGUCACUCAUCCGCCUGCUGGGGAUGGAAAGAAGCCUUCCAUUGCUGCUGUUGUAGGUAGUAUGGAUGCUCAUCCAAGCAGGUAUUGUGCCACAGUGAGAGUUCAAAGGCCUCGGCAGGAGAUUAUCCAAGAUUUGGCCUCCAUGGUAAGAGAACUCCUCAUCCAGUUCUACAAAUCAACGCGAUUCAAACCCACACGUAUCAUCUUCUACAGGGAUGGGGUUUCUGAAGGACAGUUUCGACAGGUGUUGUAUUAUGAGCUGCUAGCAAUUAGAGAGGCCUGCAUCAGUCUGGAGAAAGAUUACCAGCCAGGAAUAACCUACAUCGUAGUACAGAAACGACACCACACACGAUUGUUCUGUGCGGACAGAACUGAAAGGGUUGGAAGAAGUGGCAACAUUCCAGCUGGAACAACUGUAGAUACAGAUAUUACACACCCAUACGAGUUUGAUUUUUACCUCUGUAGCCAUGCUGGAAUACAGGGUACCAGCCGUCCCUCACACUAUCAUGUUUUGUGGGAUGAUAACUGUUUUACUGCAGAUGAACUUCAGCUGCUGACUUACCAGCUAUGCCACACAUAUGUGCGUUGCACACGAUCUGUUUCUAUACCUGCACCAGCGUAUUAUGCUCACCUGGUAGCAUUCAGAGCACGAUACCAUCUUGUGGACAAAGAACAUGACAGUGCUGAAGGAAGCCAUGUUUCAGGACAAAGCAAUGGGAGAGACCCACAGGCCCUUGCUAAGGCUGUACAGAUUCACCAAGACACCUUACGCACCAUGUACUUCGCUUAAAUAAAUCAAUAAAAUCGGAGCAUACUCACUGAAAGGAAGAACUGAAAAAUUAAGCCACAUACAAUGUAUGUUUCCGGUGGGGUCAGUUUUUGGGGUGCGCCUCCGAUCACGCUGAAGCCGACACUGUGCAGGGGCAAGGGGCUAAUCCUUAAAUUGACACGUGGAGGAUUGUUUACUUCAUCGAGGAACACAGCACUAUUAUGCAAUAUGAAACCAGCCAACUGCUUUUUUGGGGCGGUCUUCUGUAGGAAGUGCCGUCGUCAUCAGUUAUUUUUUUUAUUUCUUGUAGUCUAACCCUUUUACGCCUUUACCUCAAGUUGCUCGGCAGCACAACUAUCUUUGCAAAAAAAAGUUAAUGAUGUAGUUUUAAAAAAAAACCACAAACAACCUAUAGAACAAUCACCAUGAUUGUUGAGGGGGGAAGUGUGCAAAAAAUAGCCUUUUUGUCUUUACCCCAACGCAUUGAGGAGGCUUUCUCUCAAUAUUGCCAUCAGCAUUUGAAUGGGAACAUAUCCAAGUACAUUUCAAUGUACAGCACUAACUAGAAAAAAUUAGGGGAAGGGUUUUGCACACAUUAGUCCAUUAAUCUGAACAUAAUUUAGCCAACUGCUGCCUUUGUGUCUUUCUUCACGGUUUGGAGUCCUCAACUCCAGUAGUUCCCUUUAAAAAAGCUAGUGGUGUCUGUGCACCAGUAGUGAUCCAAACUCUUCUUGCUCCCUGGUGAGUUUACUAAAGCUGCUGUUUUACCUUGUCCAGAAAUUUCAACGAAUUCUCUAUCUGGCAAGUCGUAAAUAUAUUUUGAGCUUCAUGCAAGAUCAGUUGUUCCUUGUUUUAUGGGGUUACACGUAGUAAACACCAGAAACGAAACUUUAGAGUUGAGGUCUUUACUUGCUGCCUCUCACACCUUAAUGUGAUUUCAUAUAUGUGUGUG